UACCAUCUGAGCCACAAGGGAAGUCGACAGAUGUUUCCUUUAUGGGUUAUUACAAAAUAUUGAGUGUUGUUUCCUGUGCUAUACAAUAUGUCCUUGUUGUUUAUAUAUAGUAAUAUGUCACUGUUAAUCCUGAACUCCGAAUUUAUUCCUCCUUCCUCUACUCCACAGCAUUACUAUUUGUGUGUGUGGUGAGAAGAUUUAUAACAUUUUCAUUACAGUCUGCAUAUUAUAAUUGUUUGACUUCCAUUUCAUAUUUAAAUAAUUAUGUCGCAAAAAUCGGAACAAAAGAAAAUGUCAAACCAGGAAGCCUAACAAAAUGGAAUAAUAGAAUUAAGAUGAACCACAUGGUUAUUAGAAACCACAACAUAAAUGGAAUAAACUCAUUCAUUAGAAGGAAACUGUACUUAGAAUAUGAGUCAUUUAAAACAAAGUGAUUACAAGUAAAUGUAAACUGAAACAGCAGUGGUUGUAAUUAAUAUGGAAGAGGGGGGAGUUUUUACUUUUAUGAGUUUUGGCUAUUGAUUUCAUGCCUUCUGUGGUCUGAACUUUUAAAAUAAACUUGUGUUGCUUUCACAAUUAAUUUUUAAGACAUCCCAGUCUAUAUCUAUUUGUUAUAACAGGACACAGAUACAUGUUCUUCGUAGGAAACAGUGACUCUGUUUAACUUCCUGCUUUUGCUACAGAGCAAGUCCUUAGUAAGUAGUGGCUGAAAGAAUGUGCACUUAAAUAUCAUGAUAUGUAGCUUUCUCUUAAUCAUGAUAUUUGCUGAGGGGCUGGAGUUUGUAUUUUUCUAAUAUAGCCUUGUGACAUUUUUUUAAUAAGCAGUUGUACUGCUAUUUUACGGGUGUUGAAAUACCAUCCCAUGCUUCCUGGAUCAUUUCUUAAUUAAAAUAAUUUUCUCAACCUAUUAUAGUUGAGAGAAUAUUAUGCUUAUAAUUCAGUAGAAUAUGGAUUCAUGAAUGAAAGACAUAGCUUUUAAAUUAAAGGUUAAAUAUCUUAUUAGAAGGAUAAGGAGAAUAAACCUCAUUUUAGAAAGAUGUUGAUCUUUUAAAGGGACAGGAGCUGGAAAAACAACUCAUGUGCGGUAGUUCUGGAGUAGUCAGGGCAGAUGAGUGAGGGGUCAGCGUGACUCAGUUAUUUCAGUGGAGCAGCUGUGAACCACCCAUCUCUCCUGAAAACCUGCUUUUCCACCUAAAUGAGAACAGAAGGAUGUCAAGAUUGCUGGGUGUGCAGGUCUUGGGGAUUCUGGACGGGGGAGUUGGGUUCUACGUGUGGUUUGCUGGAGGGAUCUGACUCAGUUUCCUCCCCUUGAGUCUGCCUGUGAAGUGGUUGAAAUGUACACAUAUGGAUGCAGUAGGUGUUGGGUUUGGGUGGUGGCUACUCCUGCCUUGGUGUUGGUAUCUUGGCUGGGGUGCCCUCUCUGUAGGAUAUGUUGGCUGAAUGUUCAUCUCUGAGGUCUGAUGUUCAGCUCUGGAGGGCAGAUGGGUGACCUGGUGCAACCACACACCCACCAGAGCAGCUGCAGGGGCUCCAGCAGAAGGUCCAGCUGCUUGAGGGUGUCCCUUGUUUCCCAGCAUAAUGGGUGGAAUGAAGGAGACGCCCAUGAAAUACAUGUAUAGCCCAUUUCUCAUAUUUCUGUUUUUAAAAUAUGUUUACUGUUUAUUAAUAUUGAGUAGUCUAGAAAUUGAUCACACUGGAGUUUCGUAGAGAUUAGUACCAAUUGGAGGUGGAUGGGAAGCUUUGUAAUCUAGGGCUUUUCUAAGGGCUUUGGGAAGUCAUCACAGUGUCAUGUAUGUUGCAUAAAAAUGAGCAAGUGAAUCUAAAACUAUUAGCACUUCCCAAGUCUGUCUGAAAAAAUAUAAUUCCCUCUGGAUGCCCCACAUAUAAAGGGUCCCAUGGCUAAAUAAUUGGGAUGCAGUGCGUAAACCAUUUUUUAAAGUUUCUGCUGUAUAGGAUUCUAUUGACACUAGUAUAGAUUGACCAGCCUAAAAUUUCACCCUGAAACCUUGUUUUGUGAAGUAUUUUACACUCUCUGGCACAUUUUGGGAAAAGCUAACCUUUUAAAAAAAUUGCCAUACUAGUGCUUGUGGGCAGAUAAAUCAGGGGACUGGUAAGUGUGUGUGUGUGUGUGUGUGUGUGUUAGUAUCUUAAUUUGAUGGAGAAUUAAAAUCCUCUCAAAAUAUAUUUCUAGGACCAAAGUAUCCACAUUUUACUAUCUGUGCAAGGAGUAUAAUCUCCAGAUCUCACUCGAUCUAUUAGUUCUUAUCUAUUUUUCUUUCGAUCAGCACUACUGGUAACUUAAGAGUUUAAAAAAUCUACUUUCUUUCUUGAAUCCUGAAGGUGUUACAGGGGGAAAUGGGCAAAAUGUGGCAGCCAGAUGGGGGAGUUGAAACAAAGACUUUUAGCAGCUCACAAGUUAUCCCAGUUCCUGAAUGGACAAUCAGUUGGGUUUUCCUUUAGGUUUAUAGCUUGAAUUUUCAUAGCCUUCACUUUAGAGAAAUCAAAGAUUUUUUGGAAGGAUGAGUUCUGGUCUAGGAUUCAAAUUUUCCUGUUCCUGUGAAGAAGCCCUAGCCUCUGGUCAAGUGGCACUUCUCGUGUGCGGGGCACUCACUCAUUCAUGGGCAGAUACUUGGCAAGAUGCCGGCCAAAACCAUUUGCUAUAUUUGUCGUUCUGCUUGGAAUAGUGACGAGAGUCUUUCUCGGCCACUGUGUCUGGAUGUUUUGUUGUGGCUAUGGGCACGGUUUGUCCAGCGUCUCACUUUGUGGCCGAGGGCUGGGACGCUGCAGGGAGAGUCCUUACAUGUGCUGGCUGUGUGGGGCUUGCUCAUCCGAGUCUCCCUUCUGGAAAGAGUGAGCUUAUCCUUGCAGUUCUCAGCCUGUGUGCUCUCAAGAUCCUCUUUCUGACCGGGUGAAGUUUACAGCCUGCUCACCGCUUUUCAGAGGACAGUCUGUAAUUGGACUAAGCAGAAAUCACGUUUAGCCAGCCCCAAGCCAUCUGUGUUUACUGAGUGCCCCCUGUAUGCUGGACACUAUAGAGAACAGCAAACAAGGCUGGCCUUCCCAGCUUUCCUCCUGCAGUGAAGACGCAGGUCUUGACUCUAAUCAUGGCCAAACCUUAUGAAUUUAAUUGGCAGAAGGAAGUUCCUUCCUUUUUGCAAGAAGGAGCAGUUUUUGACAGAUAUGAAGAGGAAUCCUUUGUGUUUGAACCCAACUGCCUCUUCAAAGUAGAUGAAUUUGGCUUCUUUCUGACCUGGAGAAGUGAAGGCAAGGAAGGCCAAGUGCUAGAAUGCUCCCUCAUCAACAGUGUUCGGCUGGGAGCCACACCGAAGGAUCCCAAAAUUUUGGCUGCUCUUGAAGCUCUUGGCAAAUCAGAAAAUGAUCUGGAAGGGCGGAUAGUUUGCGUCUGCAGUGGUGCAGAUCUGGUGAACAUCAGUUUCACGUACAUGGUGGCUGAAAAUCCAGAAAUAACUAAGCAAUGGGUCGAAGGCCUGAGAUCCAUCAUUCACAACUUCAGGGCCAACAACGUCAGCCCGAUGACGUGCCUCAAGAAGCACUGGAUGAAAUUGGCAUUUAUGACCAACACAAAUGGGAAAAUUCCAGUUAGGAGUAUUACUAGAACCUUUGCAUCGGGGAAAACAGAAAAGGUGAUCUUUCAAGCACUCAAGGAGCUAGGUCUUCCCAGUGGAAAGAACGAUGAAAUUGAGCCCGCCGCAUUUACUUAUGAAAAGUUCUAUGAACUGACACAAAAGAUUUGUCCUCGGACAGAUAUAGAGGAUCUUUUCAAAAAAAUCAAUGGAGACAAAACUGAUUAUUUAACGGUAGACCAAUUAGUGAGCUUUCUAAAUGAACAUCAACGAGAUCCUCGACUGAAUGAAAUUUUAUUCCCAUUUUAUGAUGCUAAAAGGGCAAUGCAGAUCAUUGAGAUGUAUGAGCCUGUUGAAGAUUUGAAGAAACAAGGCCUCAUAUCAAGUGAUGGGUUUUGCAGAUACCUGAUGUCAGAUGAAAAUGCCCCCGUCUUCCUAGAUCGUCUAGAGCUGUACCAAGAAAUGGACCACCCUCUGGCUCACUACUUCAUCAGCUCUUCCCACAACACCUAUCUCACUGGCAGACAGUUUGGUGGGAAAUCGUCAGUAGAAAUGUACAGACAGGUCCUCCUGGCUGGUUGCAGGUGUGUUGAACUUGACUGUUGGGAUGGAAAAGGUGAGGACCAGGAGCCGAUAAUAACUCAUGGGAAAGCAAUGUGCACAGAUAUCCUUUUCAAGGAUGUUAUUCAAGCCAUCAAGGAAACUGCCUUUGUCACAUCGGAAUAUCCUGUAAUUCUCUCCUUUGAAAAUCACUGCAGCAAAUAUCAACAGUACAAGAUGUCCAAAUACUGUGAAGAUCUAUUUGGAGAUCUCCUGUUGAAACAAGCACUUGAAUCACAUCCACUGGAACCAGGCAGACCCUUGCCGUCCCCGAAUGACCUCAAAAGAAAAAUACUCAUCAAAAACAAACGACUGAAACCUGAGGUUGAAAAAAAACAGCUUGAAGCUUUGAAAAGCAUGAUGGAAGCAGGAGAAUCCGCUGCCCCAGUAAACAUCUUAGAGGAUGACAAUGAAGAGGAAAUAGAAAGUGCGGAGCAAGAGGAGGAAGCCCACCCUGAAUACAAAUAUGGAAAUGAACUUUCUGCAGAUGACUUGGGUCACAAGGAAGCUAUUGCCAAUAGUGUCAAGAAGGCUUCAGAUGACCUUGAACAUGAAAACAGCAAAAAGGGCCUGGUUACCGUAGAAGAUGAGCAGGCGUGGAUGGCAUCUUAUAAAUAUGUGGGUGCUACCACUAAUAUCCAUCCGUAUUUGUCCACAAUGAUCAACUACGCGCAGCCUGUAAAGUUUCAAGGUUUCCAUGUGGCUGAAGAACGCAAUAUUCAUUAUAACAUGUCCUCUUUUAAUGAGUCAGUCGGUCUAGGCUACUUGAAGACACACGCCAUUGAAUUUGUGAAUUAUAAUAAACGGCAAAUGAGCCGCAUUUACCCCAAGGGAGGCCGAGUGGACUCCAGUAAUUAUAUGCCUCAGAUUUUCUGGAACGCUGGCUGCCAGAUGGUUUCGCUGAACUAUCAAACCCCAGAUUUAGCGAUGCAGUUGAAUCAGGGGAAAUUUGAGUAUAAUGGAUCGUGCGGGUACCUUCUCAAACCAGAUUUCAUGAGACGGCCUGAUCGAACAUUUGAUCCUUUCUCUGAAACGCCUGUUGAUGGGGUUAUUGCAGCCACUUGCUCCGUGCAGGUCAUAUCAGGUCAGUUCUUAUCAGAUAAGAAAAUCGGCACAUAUGUAGAAGUGGAUAUGUAUGGGCUGCCCACGGACACUAUCCGGAAGGAGUUCCGCACUCGCAUGGUGAUGAACAAUGGACUCAAUCCAGUUUACAAUGAAGAAUCAUUUGUGUUUCGGAAGGUGAUCCUCCCCGACCUGGCUGUCUUGAGGAUCGCCGUGUAUGAUGACAACAACAAGCUGAUCGGCCAGAGGAUUCUGCCCCUGGACGGCCUCCAAGCAGGCUAUCGACACAUAUCCCUCCGGAAUGAGGGAAAUAAACCUUUAUCGCUGCCAACCAUUUUCUGCAAUAUUGUCCUAAAAACAUAUGUGCCUGAUGGAUUCGGAGAUAUUGUGGAUGCUUUAUCAGAUCCAAAGAAAUUUCUUUCCAUUACGGAAAAGAGAGCGGAUCAAAUGAGAGCUAUGGGCAUUGAAACUAGUGACAUCGCCGAUGUGCCCAGUGACACUUCGAAGAAUGACAAGAAAGGGAAAGCCAACACAGCCAAAGCGAAUGUGACCCCUCAGAGCAGCUCGGAGCUCAGGCCAACCACCACAGCUGCCCUGGGGGCUGGCCUGGAGGCCAAGAAAGGUAUUGAACUGAUCCCUCAAGUGAGGAUAGAAGAUUUAAAGCAGAUGAAGGCUUACUUGAAGCAUUUAAAGAAACAACAGAAAGAGCUGACUUCUUUAAAAAAGAAACAUGCAAAGGAGCACAGUACCAUGCAGAAACUCCAUUGCACUCAAGUUGACAAGAUUGUGGCACAGUACGACAAGGAGAAAUUGACUCACGAGAAAAUCCUAGAGAAGGCAAUGAAGAAGAAAGGGGGAAGUAAUUGUCUUGAAAUGAAGAAAGAAACAGAAAUUAAAAUUCAGACACUGACAUCAGAUCACAAAUCUAAGGUCAAGGAGAUUGUGGCACAGCACACAAAGGAGUGGUCAGACAUGAUCAACACCCACAGUGCGGAGGAGCAGGAGAUCCGGGACCUGCACCUCAGCCAGCAGUGCGAGCUGCUCAGAAAGCUCCUGAUCAGCGCCCACGAGCAGCAGACCCAGCAGCUGAAACUGUCCCAUGACAGGGAAAGCAAAGAGAUGCGAGCACACCAAGCUAAGAUUUCUAUGGAAAAUAGCAAAGCCAUUAGCCAAGAUAAAUCCAUCAAGAAUAAAGCAGAACGGGAAAGGAGAGUCAGGGAGUUAAAUAGCAGCAACACUAAAAAGUUUCUGGAAGAAAGAAAGCGACUCGCCAUGAAGCAGUCCAAAGAAAUGGAUCAGUUGAAAAAAGUCCAGCUUGAGCACCUCGAAUUCCUAGAGAAACAGAAUGAGCAGCUUUUGAAAUCCUGUCACGCAGUGUCCCAAACGCAAGGCGAAGGAGAUGCAGCAGAUGGUGAAAUUGGAAGCAGAGAUGGACCGCAGACCAGCAACAGUUGUGUGAAACUCCAGGACGCAAACUGAAACCACAGAACCACCGCAUCAAAGAGCACUCCCCAGCUUCCGAACACAGAUUCCAUGGAAGAAAGCUGAUGUCUUCUGCGUUUCUUUUUCAUGUAGACAAAGGGUCACCUGAAACCACAGAGACUGAGUUCUCUUAAACAUUCUGAACACUAAAUUUCCUUGGCCAACCAAAAGUAGUUACAAAUCCCCCCAAAUUGCGGCUCCAGUAAGUCAGAGUUUACCUGUUGAUCAUACCACUUCAACAUGUUUGCUAGAAAAUAUCAUCACAAGUAAAUGAGCUUGGUGUUAAAAACUCUGCUUUGUGAUGCAUUAAGACAUGUUUGAGCAGCAGCAAAAGUAGUGCAUUAGCCAUGUAAUAGCAAGCACAUGCACUGGGGUAGGGGGGAGGGAAACUGUCUACAGAUUUAUUAGCAGCAGUGGUGAUUUGCUAGACAAAUAACUGGGGGGAAUUUUUCUACAUCUGAGUUACCUCAUCAGUAAGUGCCAUGUCUCCACCAUGCCAUGCGAAGCUAAUUUCCUGUAACAGUCAUGGAAAUGGUUAGAACAACAGAAAAAUAGAACUGUGUCCUUGUGCCAAAACCCACUGUGCUCACAAGGAGAACUCUCAGGCACGUUUAAGAAGCUGACAUCUGACAUUGCUUCCUAGGAAUUGCUUCUGCUGACCCUAGAUUACUACAGCUCACUCUUAACACCGUGAAGAUUGUGAAGUGGUUAUUGGCAACCGUUUGUAAAUGUGACCAUGUAAAAAGUAUUUAUGCUCCUAAUUCACACUGUCAGAGAGCAAAAUCAUGUUACGUAUUGCCACAUGACAAGAUUAGUGACCAGGAAUACUAGAACCAUGUUUGCAUGAUACACAAGCACCAAUCAUGACUAAUCCGUACACAGUUAACCUAAUGCAAAUAAAUACUGGUGAAGUAACUGUAUGGCACAGAAUAUAAUUUGACUCUCAAGACUUUUAGCAUAAUGAAAAAGUCUAUAUAUAUGUGUAUAUGAACUAUGUGGGCAUUCUUGAUACUUCAAGUUCUAGUUUCAAAAAAAAAUACAUAACUAAUUUAAUUUUACACAAAAAAUAUUUAUGCAGAUUUUCAGAAUUUCAUAUCAGGAAAUAACCUUUUUAUGUCUGUUAAAUAUCAAAACAAUUUGCUACAGUGUUAAUCUGCAUGGUCGUUAAGCCUGCUGUAGUUGCGUUGCAGAGAGUGCAUGGAAAAGUCCCUCCUGGGAUGGAGCUGUGCCCCAACGCCCAGAGGAGCGCAUGGAAACCGCACUUGAGAACUAAUCAGAUCACUGAUUUAGGGCACCAACCACCAACCAGAUUGUUGUAUAUGCUUGUACAGAUUGAUUCUGUGUGUUCCUCUGAGUAAAACAGAGAAUUAUGUUACCAUCAAUAUUGAAAUUAAACUUCCAACUUCUCUAAUAAAAAAAUGAAAACACA